UCGAGCGAGGGAUCGGGCGCGCGCCGCGGUCAGCAGCCUUGGGGAGGAGGACAAGGAGCCCUUAGAAGCGUCUCGGGGCCGGUCCCUCUGUCGCGGGCAGAAUGUCCAAGAGAAAGGAGGACGAUUUCCCUCAGGCUUCAGAGCAGAAAAGAGCCAGGCCAGAGGGGUUUUCGGAGGAGGACCAGAAGGUCUUCUCUCAGUGUGUGUCUCAAGGAUGUUCUGCUUCUCAGUCAGACUCAGAUGAGGCUGGGAUGAUUGAUAGUGUCCAGGUGGAGAACUUUAUGGGCUAUGCCAAGCUUGGACCUGUGAAAUUCGGAUCGAAUGUCAAUUUCGUGGUGGGGAACAGUGGGAAGAAUGCGUUGUUAACAGCUCUCUUAAUUGGUCUCAGUGGUGGAUCGUUAGGAUCGACUUUGAAAGAGGUGAUAAACGAGGGAGAGGAUUUGGCUAUCAUCUCAAUCACAUUAAGAAACAGAGGGGAUGAAGCUUUUAAGUCUGAUCUGUAUGGGGAUUCCGUAACUGUGCACCACUACCUCAAUAGAGAUGGGAAUAUGGGUUACGAAUUAAAAGGCCACGCAGGAAACCUGGUUUCUUCUGAGAAAGAAGAGCUUAUGGAACUUCUUGAACAUUUUAAGAUACAGGUGCAAAAUCCCCUAUCUAUUUUACCCCAAGAUAUGGCCAAGCAGUUAUUGAGGAUCAGAGAUGAAAGUGACAGAUACAAAUUGUUUAUGGAGGCAACUGAGCUUGAGCACAUGAGAGAAGGCUACUCCCAAAUUUUGGAGAGAAAGGCCAAAAGCCAGCAAGAGAUAGAACAAGGAGUAGAGAAGCUGGAGGAGCUCAGGCGUCAGGGUGUGGAGAUAGAAGAGCAUUUUCAGACAAUGGUUGCCUUGGAUCAGAAAUUAGAGAUCUUGAAACAAGAGAAGACUUGGGCACUGGUGAAUGAAACUGAGAGAAGAAUUAGUAAUAUGAUCAAUGACAUAAAUGUUGAAGACCAGCAUACUAUCAUAUUAAAUCAUGACCUGGAGAUUUCGAGAGUCACAUAUAAUGAAACCUUACAGAGGUAUAUUGCCAUUCACGAGAAUGUGUUAAAGUUAAAUGAAGAGGCUGCCAUGUUAGAGCCCAAAUGCAUUGAAGCAAAAGAAAUUGCUAGGAGAACAGACAGGGCUUACCGUCAAGCGACAGCUUUCUAUAAUUAUUCCCAGAACGAACUGUCUAAACUAGACAAAGUUUCAGAGCAGCUUCAAGACAAAAUUGGAGACCUGAAAAAGAAUCUGGAACAGGCAGAAACAGAAAAACAGAAAAAAAUCUCCACGCUCAGGGAGAAGAUAAGUAACUUUAAGGAUCAGGAAGAUUCACUUGUCCAGGAAAUAAAAUGUCUUCAUCAAUCUAUAGAAAAAGAUGAUGAAGAACAUUCUAGAAUUAAAGAGGAAGAGGCAUUUGUGAAGGAUGUACUGAAUGAGGAGAAAGAACAGUUAAACCAUUUGAAAGGCUAUAAAACUGAUCCACUAAAACGCUUUGGCCCCCAGAUUCGGCCUCUUCUAGACGCAAUAGAAGAUGCCCACAAACAAGGGUACUUUACCCACAAGCCUAUAGGGCCUCUAGGAGCUUGUAUUCGGCUCCGGGAACCUGAACAUGCCUUGGCUAUUGAGUCCUGCCUAAAAGGCCUUCUUCUUGAUUUUUUUUGUGACAACCACAAAGAUGAGCAAGUCCUUCAGGAGCUAAUGAAAAGGUUUUAUCCAACAACCUGUCCUGAUCGACCACAGAUAAUUGUAACCUCAUUUCAGUGUGAAUUGUAUGAUGUAACAGACAGAACAGCUUAUCACCCAGACUGUUCAACAGUUCUCUCAGCGUUAGAAAUAGAUGAAGCAGUGGUGGCCAAUGCUUUGAUUGACAUGAGGAACAUAGAAGCAGUUCUGCUGAUUAAAAAUGAGACUUUGGCUGAAAUACAUGCAGAGGGACGCCCCAAGAACUGUAACAAAAUCCUGACUUCUUGUGGUGACCAAGUUUUUGAGGGACGCUAUUACACCCCUGAUGAACUGAGACCUAUUUACUUAGGUGAUAUGGAAGAAGAAAUCAGUCAUUUGGAGAAAGAAGUGCAAAAUAAAAUGACAAAACUGUCAGAAUUUGAAGAAAAUGUGGCUUCACUUCAAAAUGAUAUCAAGAAGAAUCGAGAAAUUAUUGACAGUCAUUACCGUCAUUUAAGAGAAAUAAAGGUCAAAGUCAUUGAUAUCACCUCUGAAAUAAAAGAUCUUGAGGAUGAAGAAGAAAGCCAGUCCAUUGAUCUCUCAGUUCUGGAAGAUGAAGCCCAAGAAAUUAAAGAAGAGAUCAAAGAAGUUGAGGAAAAGAUGAAAACUCGAAAGGAAAAGAUGGACAAUUUAAGGCAACCCAAACUAGAGGCUGAACAGAGACAUGAGGAGUUUCGGCUGAAGUGUAGUCAAGUUACAGAGUUAGUAGAAUCCCUCAUGGAAGAAAGAAACCAAACUGGAUUAGAAGUGACAGCCCAUCACCAAUCUGUGCUGCAUUAUCAAAACAGGCUCAAGCAUCACAUAGAUUCCAUCCAGAUGAUAAAAGAAGAGCUGGCCAUGAAAGAGAGAGAACUUGAGAGGGAGGUGGCUCAAGCUAACUACAUCUGUCCCGAACGUAUAACAGUUACAAGAUCUUCUGAUGUUCUUGACAGAGAAAUCGAUCUGUUAACCCAGAGGAUAAAAUCUGAAAACUACACCCACCGAACUCGAGAAGACAUAACAAGGCAGUACCAAGAAGCAAAAGAGAAAUAUCUGGAUCUGAAUGGCAGAGUGAACAAUCUGAGGAGCCUUAUUGAAACACUGGAUGAAAUAUUGGUCCAGAAAUAUGAUACAUACCACAAGAGUCGAAGAAAUCUUUCCUUACAGUGCAAGUUGUUCUUUGACAGCUUACUGUCUCAGUGGUCCUUCUGUGGAGAGAUGCGCUUCAAUCACAAGAAUGAGACCCUUUCUAUAACAGUCCAACCUGAAGAGCCCACUUGCAAUGAUGUGGCAGCCUUGGCAGCAAGCAGGCAGUCUUUUACAAAUUUCUUGUUCAUUCUUACUCUAUGGUCUGUCACAGAAUCUCCCUUCAGAUGUCUGGAUAUGAUCGAUGUCUACAUGGACAGGAAAAGCAGAAAAAUUGCCAUGGAGAUGAUCCUCUGGAUAUCACAUUCCUACCAAAACCACCAGGUUAUCAUGCUCAGUCCCCAAUACUUGUGCACUCUUCCUCCCAGUCCAUUUCUCAAAAUACACAAGAUGCCAGCCCUUCAAAGGGAUAGGCAUGCCCUGCCUUGCGAAUCAAGCAAUCCAAAAGAGGAUUGAAUUUUUAGUUUCAUGUGAUCGUGCUAUCUAUUCAUUGUGGUAUUUUGUAUUUU